AGUAAUCAGUUUCAUACCCAGCCAGGUUCUUCUAACACCACCUCUGGAACAAGAACCAGCCCAGUUGCCCGGCCUGUGCUACCGGUUCCAGAUCGUAGCACCUACUGUCCCUUACUGGGUGGAGGUCUCUACAGCCCAACCAGCCCCACGACAAGUCCCCGAUCUCAGGGACAAACGUUCGUUUUCCCCACCUCGUCCUUGCUCUGCCCCAGCCCUACGCAUCGGCCCAGUUCCCCGACUCCACGAAGUCCCGAGCGCCUAGGGAUCAAUGUGGGCCAGCGCGUCAGACGCCUGAGUGGUGAAGAGAGCGGGGGAGGCGACGGGCAGGCGGAGACUGGAGGAGAGAGGCGAGAGGAUAGGAGACGCCAGGCGCAGCUGCUGCAGAUCCACAGAGAGCUGCAGAACGUUGAGGUCAGAGGAAAAGUGGGCAUUUUCGAGGCGCACAUUUCUGGGAUUCGUGCCCAGGUACUUGGUAGUGAACUCCAGCGUAGCCCCCGGGCCUCCAGACGUGCAACCAGUCAAACCCCAUCUCAUCCCAGCCAAGGAAACACUGCUCUUGAAAGCCCAAUGACCCACCCAGCAGAGACUAAAGUUUCUUCUGUAAUCCCAAAUGGCAGAGAAGUGGAGGACGUAAAGGUAGAAGGAGAAAGGAGAGGAGGGAGGAACAGAGAUGACUGGGAGGGCAGCUCUACUAAAGCAAACACGGAGGACCCGAUACUGACUGAUGACAAUGACUGCCGCUCAGAAACAGCAGCACAAACUCCUGACAGACUGUCAGGUUGGGGCUUCCUCCAUACAUCAGAAAAAGAUGCAGCAACAGAUGUAAAGGUAAAAGAAGGACAAGUAAUGAGAGAAAAUGGGGAAGGAAAAGAUGGAGGCAAAGUGGACGACAAGUCAAGUGACAAGAAAGAACCGACAGAGAGAAAAAUGAUGGAUAAAGAAGAGGACCAGUUGGGUCCUGAAAUGCUGCUCCAGCCUGAGGGAAACAGGCCAGGCCUCAACUCUGAAAGUACUGCUUUACCUCUGAUUCCCUGUGGGCUGGACAUUGAUGAUCACGCCUGCAAUCACUCUCCCUCCAUCCCCGCGGUCAUAGUAACUGACCAUGGUUUGGAGAGUACACUUCAAACUACAGGAGGCCCUGGUUCAGACCAUGGACUGUCCUGCUCUCCUAGCCCCAGUUCCAGUCCUCUUCCUAACUCCUCCACUCGGUCUCUCAGGAAGCUAUCCUCCUCCUCCGCCUCGUCAGCUGGCUUCUCUUCCUCUUGGGAGGAGUCAGAGGAGGAUAUUUCCAGUGAUACAGAAAAGGGAGAACAUCUUCUCAACCCCCUGAGAUCCCAACAGAAG